AUGACUGAUACAGGAGUUGAAGUUGUUCAAAGAGCAUUGAAGGACUACUCUAGUCCUACAGUGGGAAGAGUUCAAGGGACAUUGUCAAGCGAUACAGAGAAAAAUCUGAAAGAGAGAGUUAAUGUUGUCAUACUGAGAAGUGGUAAGGAGUUGAAGGAGGUAAGGAAGGAAGAAGAAACAAAGGAAAAACUCGAAGAAGAAAAAGAGGGCACAGGAGAAAAAAAUGUCAAUAAUGCCCAAGCUUCAACAAACAAUGACUCGACACUCUCGUAUCCUCGCAGAGUGCAAAAACAAAGAUUGGACAAGCAAUUCGGUAAGUUUAUGGACAUGUUUAGAACUUUACAUAUUAACAUUCCUUUUGUAGACAUGUUGGAGCAAAUGCCGAAGUACGCGAAGUUUCUGAAGGAGAUUAUCACCAAAAAGAGGAGAUUUGAAGAACAUGAGACUGUGAUGCUUACGGAAGAGUGCAGUGCAUUGCUAUUGAAGAAAUUACCACAAAAGCUUAGAGAUCCAGGAAGUUUCACAAUUCCUUGCACAAUAGGUAAUGUUCAUUUUGAUAAAGUUUUAUGUGACCUAGGGGCUAGUGUUAACCUCAUGCCAUAUUCGAUUUAUAAGAAAUUAGGCCUAGGGGAAGUAAAACCAACCACAGUCCAUCUUCAACUAGCUGAUAGGUCUAUAAAAUACCCCAGGGGAGUAGUAGAAGAUGUAUUGAUCAAGGUAGAUAAGUUGAUUUUCCCGGUAGUUUUAUUGUUCUUGACAUGGAAGAAGAUCGGGAAGUACCUCUAA